AUGCAUAUAUGGAACACUAUAUCGAUAGUUACGGAUAAUAACAAAAUAGAUGAUAUUCAGAUAUGGAGCAAUACAGAAAAUGAUAGCAAAUUAAGUGCCAACGCGUUAAGGCAUAAUGAAAGUUUCAAUGUCAUUAGUUACAUCAAUUAUGAUUUGAUACCCAUUUACUUACUUAUCAGCAAACCUCUAAGAAUAUAUUCAAACGAUGAAAAGACAACAGAAUUUUUUAAAAGGGAACUAGUGCAACUUUCUGUAAAACACGGGCAGAUAGGACUAAUGAUAAAGAAUGAAAUUGACGAAAACCUAUAUCUAGCGCUAUUUGUGGAUAGUGAUGCAGGUGAUCUACAGAUAAAAUGUCUUGUCAUCGAUUUUAGUAUACUAGAAAAAAUACACCAAGUGAUAGAAAGCGACAAUAGCCAAAUAGAUGCAAGUUCAUUUAUAAAUUUGGAUAGUUCCAAUGUGAUUCCGAAGUCUUCAAACACAAGUAUUUUCGAUAAAGUGUUAUCUAGCAAGGGACGAAAGAUGAAAUCAAACCUAUUUAUUAUGCCCGGAACCUCGAUGUCGAAGCGACCUGCAACCCAAUUGUCAUCUUCGGCGUUGACAACUAAUGAUCAAAUAACUCAGGCAGUUAAUAAAGUCAUAUUAUCGGGUCUAAGAAUAAGAGGGUUGAACUUGAAUAGUUCCAGUCUGUCCACCAACGAAAAGAUUGCCAUAAGGGAAGUGUAUAAGAUGACGUACAAGUCAACCAUGUUUUCCUUACGAAAAUUUAAUUAUGGGUUCAAUCAAGAGCUACUGAAAUCUAGCAAAAAUGGCCAUGUGGAGUUAAAUGACAUUCAGGAUAUAGUUGAAAAGCUUCUACAAGUAUUUGUUGAUAUUGAAGAUCUAGCAUCAUCGAACUCUACUCCCAAACCCUUUCAAUAG